AUGACGGUUAUUUUGUGUUCGAUUCUUUUCUAUUCGUUGGGCCUUGUGGCCCCCACCUUGGCGGCAUUGCACGCUUGCAUCAAGCAAAAAACGUCGCCGAACGAAAACGCUAUGCUGUUGUGGACACAGUACUUCUUGCUUUUUUCUGCUCUCGUCACUGUUGUGUUCCCUUACGUUGUGACUCCUGUUUUCUUCUUGCUGCCAUCGUGGCUGCUCGCAUUGGUGAAAGUUGUUUUGGUGAUUGUUCUUGCUGUCCCCAAGCUCGGUUUGACGUCACGGUUCUAUGGGUGGUUUCUCUGCCACUAUGUCGAAUAUCUCGACCUGGUUGCAAAUGCGCUUCAACAUCAUGUGGUGGUCCCUCUCAAGACUUACGUUAGUGAUGCCAUUGCCCGCAUGCAUGCGAGCACUGAAGCGUCAAUGACGAGUCGGAAGGAGCUCUAG